AAAAAACCUUUUAUUUUAUUAGAGCAUUACUUUGGAUGAGUUCAAGUCAUUUUGCCAUUUUACAACGCAUUUGGAAGACUUUGCUAUCGCCAUGCAAAUGUUUAGCUUAGCUCAUCGCCCCGUGAGGCUGGCGGAGUUUAAGAGAGCUGUGAAGGUGGCAACUGGACAGGAGCUCUCAAACAAUGUCCUGAACACCAUCUUCAAGAUCUUCGACCUGGACGGCGAUGAGUGCCUCAGCCAUGGGGAGUUUCUUGGAGUACUGAAAAACAGGAUGCAUCGAGGUUUAUGGGUGUCGCAGCAGCAGAGUGUGCAGGAGUACUGGAAGUGCGUCAAGAAGGAGAGCAUUAAGGGAGUCAAGGAAGCCUGGAAACAAGCUUUUUAAG